AUGCGCCCCGUGAAGAGCACCGUGGGCACGGUCGUGAAGAGCGGGGAGGACGACGACCCGAUAGCGGUGAUGACGGCGCUCAGCACGCGGCGCUACGCGGGGCGCCCCUUUAUGGGGCAGGUCAGGGACUACGUGCUGCGCAAGUGCGGCGACGAGGAGCUGCGGCGGCGGUUUCAGGAGGCGUGGGCUGCGGAGGGCACGGCGCUGCUGAUCAACGAGCGGCUGAUCAACUCGCCGCCCCAGCUGGCGCCGCCGCUGGUUCAGGCCCUUUUUGAUGAGAUCCAGUGGGCCACAGAGGACGAGCCCACGCAGGAGCUGCGUGACACGUUCAAGCUGCAGCGGUACCUCCUGGUGACCAGGGUUUACACGGACCCCGCAGAGCAGCAGCAGCAGCAGGAGCAGCAGCAGGACGGCAGCGGCGCGGGCCCUAGCAGUAGCAAGCAGCGGGGGAAGAAGAAACAGAAGACGGCCUCCAAGCCGCCCGGUGGCAUCCCCCUGGUGAUCUACGUGCGCCCCGAGGACGAGUUCCUUCACAAGCGCGCCGCGGCAAGCUUCACCUGGCCCAUAGAGGGCCGCGCCGUCCCCAAGGACGAGCUGCGGCCGAUGCGGCUCGCGAUGCUCGUCGACGCGCGCGCGGCGGCCGAGGCGCGGCGGGAGCUGGACCGGGUGAUCGGCAACGCCGCGGGGAUGGCGCCGCCGCAGCUGCCGGCGCCGGCAGCGGGGAAGGGCAAGCGCGGCGGCAAGCAGGGCGGGAAGAAGUAG